CACGUCUGGUGGUCAAACAGGGAAGUUUGACACUGUGCUGAUGAAGCAGCCUCUUUGGCACUGGUAUGUGUGGAACGAGUCCAACACAACAACUAAUUCAUGGGUGCCAUUGCUGUACAGAGCCACUGAGAGGUCAUUUUCCUGUCACACGGUCAGCUGAUCUGACCACAGAGCAGACCACAGUCACCUAGAGCUGACAGACAGACUUAUUGGGGCCAGUCAUGGUACCAUUUUGUCAGUUCUUUGUUUUGACAUUUACGUAUAUGGAAAUAAGGUCAUAAAUUAAAAGCCGUUUCCUGUGAAGUUUCAUCUUAACACACAUCCUCUUUCUUAGCACGGCCUCUUCCUCUUUCUUGACCCUCCAUGUUUCCAACCUUCAACCUCCUCUACAACUGAGGACACAAAAACAGUUUUGUCUUUCCUCUCAUACUUCAGAAACACCCACUGUCACAGGUCAGCUGUCUGUGUAGAGGUAAAUUUAGAAUGUUUUACUAGACAGCGCUGAGCACUGCAGCUUUUCCUGUUGGGCAGAGGUUAAAAAUGUACAUAAUUACUUCCAUGCAGGUUUAUUCCUGGGCAGUGGAGAUAAAGCUUCCAGAACAUGUCUGACAAAAGCUCAUUCAGUUAAUCACUUCUACACAAUCGUGUAGCUGAGCAUAAAUUAGGUGACUUAUAAAAAAUAAAAAAAUGAAUGAAAAAAAUAAUGAUAUUUUUUGUACCAUCCAGCUGCCAAGAUGCACAGGAGGAACUACAGGAGUUUCAGGAAGGAAGCCGUGAACUAGAGGCCGAGUUGGAGGCACAGCUGACUCAAGCCGAACACCGUCUGAGAGACCUACAAACUGAGAAUGAAAGGCUAAAGAACGAGGUGUCCAACCUCAAGGAAAAGUUGGAGCACCAGUACACACAGAGUUAUAAACAGAUUUCCGUGCUGGAGGAUGAUCUGGGUCAGACACGCAGCAUCAAGGAGCAGCUUCACAAAUAUGUGAGGGAGCUGGAGCAGGCCAACGAUGACCUGGAAAGAGCCAAGAGGGCCACAAUAGUUUCCCUUGAUGAUUUUGAGGGUCGUUUAAAUCAGGCUAUUGAGAGAAAUGCCUUCCUGGAGAGUGAGAUGAAUUAAAAUGUGCAUCUUGGUUUUAGAUCAUGGCCAAAGUAAUGGAGAUGUACCAGACCAGCGCAGUGUUCCUUCAGUGUGGAGCCGAUUCAACGUAACUAUUAAAGGUAUGAAAGAAAUGGAUUUAAGCCUUUCACAGGUAUUGACUAAAGAGUGACACCAACUGGACAAAUCCAGUAAAGACCAAAUUGACUACAGCCAGAACAAGUAGUAUUGUUAUUGUAUUUACUUUGUCUUUGCAGAAGUGAAAAAGGAAGAGAUGGACAUUGGGGUGAGGACUUUGAAGUUUGUGCUAGAUGGUGAGUUGUUUUUGGCUUUGUCCAAAUAGUGUUUUUAUUUGUUACUUGAAUUUUUUCAUGUAGUUAUUAUUGAAUGUGAAGUUCUUUAGAGUACUAAGUAGUGGCACAAAUCAAAUGAGUGGUUUGCUUAGGUAGAUUGUAGUGGUUAAUCGAUGUGUUUUGUAACAUGUACAGAGCAUUUGUAUUGAAUGUUGUCUUGAUUUCAUCUUGUUUCGGACCAAAAGAAGAGGGUUAACCAAGUUGUUCCACUCCUGAUGAUGGGACCUCCGUUGAAUCCUGUGAGCACAUGUGGUUGACAGAAGUAGUGUUGUGACUAUGUAAUCUGUCAUGUAUUGUUUUUAAAUAUGUAUUUAUGGACUUUGUGAUUUAUUGCAUGUUUUGUAAAUGUGAAAUGCUUUGCUAAUAAAAGUUGUUCUGUU